ACACAGUGUGGAGGAAGACACACGAUGGCAGAAGGAGAUAAACCAGAGACAGACAGACGCUGGGGAGACAUUAGAGAGACGAGUGCAGACGGAUAGAGUGACAGCUGAAGAAAGGAGGGAGGAGGCGCUGAGAGAAGGAGGAGGAGCUGGGGAGCAGAUAAAAGCCCACACUGACUGACGAGAGGAGGAGCAGAGAAAGUUUCCACAGACACACACUGUUCACAGAGCCAGAACACUCACUAUGAGCAGAGCGGCGUCGUGAGGCUGCAGAUCAUGGGAACAUCGUAGAGCCACAAAGACACAGACCUGAACUCUUUCGUCUUGUGGUUCCUCUGGCAUGGCCACGUCACCCCGCGCUGGGCCAGGACAGCUGCUGUGGCUGCUCCUGGGACUGACCACGGUUGCCAUGGCAACCAUGAUGGCAGCGAGCAUCCAUGAGGUGGAGGGAGAAGAUGGCCAGGAGGUCCAGGAGGUCCAGGAGGUCCAGGAGGACGACGCCAGCACAGAGAUCCUGGAGCCCACGGCCUCGGACCUGUCCAGAAUGUCUGCACUCAGCUCCUGGCUCAUCUUCAGAAGAAACUCCAACAAGGGGGACAACCGCAGAACCAAAGGGUCCAGGAGGGCGUCCAGGCACGGUCUUCCAGGUCCUCCAGGACCACCAGGACCCCAAGGGCCUCCGGGCCCUCCUGCCCCCCCCCUGCCCCAACAACAGCUUCUUAUCCAGGAGCUGCAGCAAAAACUAAGAGACUCCACAGGGGGAGUGUGUUGGUUGUGUGACCGUCCUCCUCGUGUGUCCACGUCCUUCCUCAGUCGUCUCCUGGAGACCGUGUCCGUCCCACGACGCAGCCUCCUGGAGCUGCAGCCGUUCAGCAAGCCCUCAGACUCAGAGCGGAACCUCCAGAGGGGUCGGAGCUUCAACACCAGCACCGGCCGCUACACUGCACCAUUGUCUGGCUUCUACCAGCUCACCGCCAGCCUCCUGAUAGAGUCUGGUGAUCGGGUCCAGAUUCGGCUCAGGGACAACGUGAGAGCAGCGAUUUGCAUUGAGUCCCUGUGCCAGAGCAACCUGUCUGUGGAGUCAGUGAUGGGGGCGGCAGCUGCUGGGGGAACCUUCAGCAUCUUACUGACAGGAACGCUCUACCUACAGGCUGGAGAGUACGUGUCUGUGUUCGUGGACAACGGCACCGGCUCGGCCGUCGGCGUCCUGCAGGACUCUCUGUUCUCAGGGAUCCUGCUGGGAGUGUGAGAACGAGCGGCGUUGGCUGGGUCAGACGGGUCUGGUUCUGUACUCAGCACAGCUUCACGUUUCCUUCAUGUGCUAUGAAGGACUGCUUUGUGCUAACGAGAGUCUGCAUUGAUAUUUAUUCCCCAGAUGUGAACGAUGAUAACAAUAAUAACGAUAAUAAACCUUUUCUUCAGUGACUAAUCCUGUUCAAUUUACAGAGAAUCAACUGUAGGAGGUCAUUUCACUGACAUUUAUAAUAGAGACGAUCCGUCAGAACAUUUGGACCACCUGGUUAAUACAGUGUGGGUCCCUGACCCAUGAAGGCUUGGACCUGGUACCAGAGCUCAGCAGAACCUGUGAACCUUCCAGAACCAGGAAGCAUCGUCCUGCUGGAGGCACAGCCAGGGAACGUGUUGCAUCAGCGCAACGAAGUCCAAACAACGCGGAGAUUCUACCACCGGUCACAAUCCAGGGUCCGAUCCUAGAUUCCCCAGCAGAACAUGGUCCAAAGCUUUACACUGCCACUGGCUCACGCUACAAGCUGUGACGUUCAGCUCUGCACAAAACAGACACGGGUCAAAUAAACAGUCUGAUCAAUGGCA